AUGUCUCUCCGAUUCCUUACCAACAAAAGUCUGGCUUACAGGGAACUGCAGAUACACUUCCUUUUCUCAUUCUGCAAGCAGUUUGAUGAAUCCCUAAUGCACAUCCUGUUUCUUUGUCCUUUCUCUAGGGCAGUUGGGAUGCAUAUUCCUGGAGGUGCAAGUAUCUUGGAUGGGACUCAUAAUAAUAUCACUGCCAUGUUUGAAAGUUGGAUGCCUCAAUCUCAACAUCAGUCAAAUCAAUCCAUUUGGCUGAACACUACAAUGAUUGUUGCCUGGACAAUCUGGAAUGAGAGAUGUGAAGUCGUAUUUCAGGAUAAAAAAGAUGACCCACUAGUGACUGUUAACAAAGCCCUUUCUUUUUCUAAUUAUAUCGAUAAGCUUAACUCUAGUGUUUCACUCACGCAUAGCUUAGGCCUGCCAACUGGUAGCGUGAUACCAAAGUGGAAACCACCCGCUUCUCCCUUUCUUGCUUUUAACUGUGAUGCUUAUUAUGAUGCUAAUACAGGACUAACAUGUAUCGCUAUUAUUGUUCGUGAUUUUGCAGGUAGAUGCUGGGGAUGCAAAUCCAAAUGCUAUGCAGGAGUGGAGAGUUCGGAACAUGCAAAGUCUCUGGCUUUUCUUGAUGCAGUCAUAUGGGGAGUUGAACUACGAUAUACACAUAUUGUUUUUGAGACAUCCUAG